AUGCCGGACCAAGAAGGAAAUCCAACUGGAGUGGAAAGAAGUCUGCUGGGUAGAUUGUACCCUUGCCAUCAGAAGAAGACGUGUUUCGCGUACCUGCUCCUGCUGUUCGUCACGCUACUGCUUUAUUCCAUUUGGAGCGAGAAGUAUCAACUCCAUCAGCACUACCAGCGGCUUGCCAGUAAGACCUAUUGGGUCAAUGCGCCUCCUUACCGAGUCCACCCGAAGCACAAAGCCAAACUGGGUUUCACCGAUGCCAAAACCAACGUUGUCCGGUUGACUGGAAGCACUCAGUACCACCUAGCAUAUUCACAGAACUACCACUUCAUCAUGGACGUGGGGCAGGUGUGCGAGGGGCAGGCGCCUUUCUUGGUGCUGAUGGUUCCGGUGGAGCCCGCAAACGUCGCGGCCCGAGACGCCAUCCGCAGCACGUGGGGCAAGGAGAAACUGGUCCAGGGUGAGAAAGUCCUGACCCUUUUCAUGUUGGGCUCGGUCGAGGGGGCCGAUCUGCGGCAGGAGAACGAGCUGCACGGCGACCUGAUCCAGAGCAACUUCAGGGACACUUACGUCAACCUGACCAUCAAGACCAUGGUCAUCAUGGGGUGGCUGGCCGCCCGCUGCCCGAAGGCCGCCUACGCCAUGAAGAUCGACUCGGACAUGUUUCUCAACGUCGAAAACCUGGUGCUGAUGCUGCAGAAGCCGGGCAUUCCCCGAACCAACUACCUGACCGGGAUGCUCAUGUGGAACCAACCCGUCCUCCGCUCAAAGAGCUCCAAGUGGUACGUGCCCGAGGAUUUGUACCCGGAUCCCAGAUACCCCCUGUACGCUCUGGGCAUGGGCUACGUGUUCUCCAACGACCUCCCGCGCAAGUUGGUGGAGAGCUCCAAAAGCAUCAAGCCGUUCAACAUCGAGGACGCUUACGUCGGAAUGUGCAUGAAGAAUCUGGGACUGGCGCCCACGUCGCCGCCUGACCCUUCGCAAUUCCAAACCUACAACGUUCAGUUCGACCCCUGCACGUACUCCAAGAUCAUCACCGCCAUUCUGUCGUCCCCCAGCGAGCUGAUCACUUUCUGGAUGCAGCUCAAGAGGGCGCCUGCACCCGCUUGUUGAAGCACUUGGGAUGUGGGGUGGAGACCGGAGUGCCCGGAGAAAGCCCACGCAGGCACGCGGGGAGAACAUGCAACCCCCACACAGGCUUUUGAACCCCGGUCCUCAGAGCUGUCAGGCCAACGACGCCGUAAUGAAGAUAACUGUGACGUUAUUGUGAUAAGCGCAUAAUAAUAGAGGUUUUGGUCAAAAAUGAGUGCAAAACAAGCAGAUGUGAGAAAUCACGGUCCUCUUGCCUGACUGCACAUUGUAGCACAAUGACUAUUCAUCCAAUAUAUUCACUGAAAAAGAGUUUGAAAAUGGAUCCACUUUUUUUUUUUCCUUAUUUAUUAUUAUUAUUUUUUUUUUAGUCAGGCAUACAUUUCUGCAGCAUUCCUUGUAUUAACACACCAACACUUGAUUGAGUACGAAAUGCGCAGAGUAUUUAUUUUAUUUAUUUUGGGGGUCUGGUACGUGUGUGUUUGUUGUUACAAGGAUUUUCUAACCAUUUCAUUUUAGAAUUUUUUUUCCAGCACUCCCGCGAGCCUUGUGAG